CUCUGCGCUCGUGUUGCUGCAGAAAGAAACAGACAGACAGAUAAAGGGUGAGAAAGACAGGCAGGUCUGUUAGUGAGUGUCGGUCUGUCGGUGAGUGUCAGUAGGAUGCGUGAGGCAGAAAGCAGCAGCGGCUCACGGUGAUCGCAGGGUCGGUACCAAGAGGCGGAGCAGCGAGCAGCCGCAGCUGAGAACCGCGAGAAGCAGACCAGAGACAUGAGCUGCAACUGGGGCAACGAGCUGUGGGAUCAGUUUGAUAAUCUGGAGAAACACACCAGCUGGGGAAUCGACUUCCUGGAGAGAUACACCAAGUUUGUUAAAGAGAGAGCUGAUAUCGAGCUGAGCUAUGCCAAACAGAUCAGGAAUCUGUCUAAGAAGUAUCAUCCUAAGAGAAGCAGAGAGGACGAGAGCAGGUACACCUGGUGUUUGGCGUUUGCAGCAACUCUCCGCCAGCUGAAUGAAGUCGUAGUUCAGAGAGAAGAAUUGGCUGAAAACCUGAACACACAAAUCGUCUGUGAGCUGACACGAUACACUCAGGAGCUGAAGACGGAGAGGAAAACACAUUUCCAAGAUGGCCGCCGUGCCCAACAGCACAUUGAGAGCUCAUGGAAACAUCUGGAGUCUAGUAAGCGUCGGUUCGAGCGUGACUGUAAGGAGGCUGAGCGAGCUCAACACAUCUCUGAGAGAAUCGACCUCGACAACAAGACGGAUGGAGAGAAGCGCUGCUCACUGAAGGCUCGUCAGACGGCUCACCAGAAACAGCAAGCUGCUGAAGAGUCCAGGAAAGACUAUGUGACCAGUUUAAACCAGUUUAACCAGGACCAGCACCAGCACUACCACACACUGGUUCCAGUUAUAUAUCAGCGUAUCCAGGACAUGGAGGAACGGCGGAUCGAGAGAAUCUGUGAAGCAAUGCGUUUGUCAGCAGAGGCUGAGAGAAAAGUUCUUCCUGUUGUGAGUCGCUGUCUGGACGCCAUGAUGGAUGCUGCUCAGAGCAUCCAGCCCAGGAUGGACACCCGUCAGGUGGUGGAGGUGUAUAAAUCGGGCUUUGACCCACCAGGUGACGUAGAGUUUGAAGACUACAGCGCCACCAUGAGGCGGAGCAUCUCUGAAUCCAGUUACCUUGACAACCGGACUGAAGGGCGGAGACACAGCAGAAAGCUGUGGCCCUUCAUACGAAAAAACAAGCUGUUGACCCUCCUCUCCUCCCCCCGUCAACCCCCCCCUCCACCCCCAACGUCACCUUCACCUGGGGGUGUGGCCAACAGUCCCCAGUCCCCACCCCCUGUUUCCAGAGAACCAAUCACACAGCGGCUGAAUGACCUCAUGACCUCUGGCUCUAGAACCAGGAAGCAGUGUCUGCGCAGCCUCAAGAGAGGGCUGUCCCUCAAACUGGGCUCCAGUCCUGCAGACUGCAGUCACCUUCCACCUGAACAGAGACGAAAGAAACUUCAAACCAGAAUCAACAACAUCAACCAGGAGAUUCAGAGAGAAAGGGAGCAGAGAGAUGCUCUGUUGAAGAUGAGGGAGGUUUAUGAACAAAGUCCUCAGAUGGGUGAUGCCACCAGUUUGGAGCCUCGACUGGAGGAAGUGAAGCAGAGUCUGCAGAGACUGGAGGACGAGCUGAGGAGGAACCAGGCGUGGUUGUCAGAGGCCGACAGCAGACUGUCUGAUCACAGCAGUAGAAGACAGAGUGGAGGUUGUGGGAUAAAUUCCCAGGCAACAACGCCAGGUAGCAGCAGCCUGAAACAGCUGGACAACCGCAGUCCAGCCAGCAGAGAGAGUCCUGACGGCAGCUACACAGAAGACCACAGCGCUGAGCUUCACUUUAAGUCUCGCAGUUCAGAGUUUGAUGAUGACUUUGAUGAUGAAGAACCAUUACCAAGUAUUGGCACCUGCAAGUCCCUUUACCCGUUUCAAGGUCAAAAUGAAGGAACUCUGUCGAUGGUGGAGGGAGAACUACUUUCUGUGGUGGAAGAGGACAAAGGAGAUGGCUGGACCAGAGUACGGAGGAACCUGGAUGAAGAAGGAUAUGUCCCCACAUCUUACAUCAAAGUCUUCCUGGACAGUAGUGCCAAAGGCUUUGUGCAGAAUAGUCAUCUAGUCUAGCGCAGUAAUCGACCAAUGAGGACAUCUCGCCACAGGAAGUGAUGUAAAGGAAAGAGCUCAGAGGAAGUCCGGUAACAGAUUUCAUUGGAUAGUUUAAGUCUUGAUAUAUCUUGACCAAUUAGCUUACAGACUGUUGUCAAUACAUGAUGUGUGAAAACAAAGAAGUCAAUUAGGGGUCAAUCAGAGAUCAGAUAUUAGACAGGUCCUUCCCACAGAUCAGAUAUUAGACAUGUCCAAAACACAGAGCAGAUAUUAGACAUGUCUGACAUGUAGCUCUAAUAUUAGACAGGUCCCACACACAGAUCUGAAAUCAGCCAUUAGGCAGGUCCCAAAGUGAAAAGAUGGGUUAGAGUUAGGUUUAGGGUUAGGGUUAGGGUUAGAUAUUAGAGAUGAUGAUAAGUAGAAAACAGACCGGAGAUGGCGAGUUUUAUGUUUUUUACUUUAUCAGUCAAAUAGAUCGAUUAAGCCCCAACCUUCAUAAACAUACUGAAAGUGUAUAAAAUAUAGAAAUGAAACAGUUUAGUUUCUGCAGCUGAGGUCAGCUGUCAGGAUGAAACUGUCAGGAUGAAACUGGAUUUUUCUCACUUUUAAAAUCUACAAAGAAAGAUAGAGAAAUCUAGUUCUGUAAAGUGUCAGAUUCGGUUCAGAGUGUAAACUGUGAUCAUGAUGGAAAAUCUUGACAAUUGAACUGUCUGAAUCUGUUUUUCUGUUCAUCACAUUGACUCAGGAUCUGUUGUUAUUUGACUCAGUUUUCAGUUUUAAUGUGCCAAGUUUCUGCAAACUAAAAAAAUAAACUCUAAGACAGUUUUCAUCGGAAGAGUGAUAACAGAUAAUCAAUCCAAAUGUUUGAUUAUGUUUAACCGAUCUCACUACUGUGUUGAAUGUUAACACAGAUUCAAACAUCGUGUUGGUUGUUUUUUUUUUGAAACUCAGUCAGUUUAAUGUGAUGAAGGGUUCACAUCAGAGUUAAACUGAUUAUUUGGUUUAUCAAUCAGUAUCAGUCUGUUGGUUCAUCAAUAAGACAUAUCAAAGAAACCGUUACAGUUUACACUGCAAGAUGUCACAAACUCUACAGGAUGAUUUUACACUGUAAAACAUCAAAAACGCUACAAGAUUAUACACUGUAAAACACUACGGACACUACUACAAAUGCUACAGAUCUGUAACUAUUCCUUAACAAACAGAUUUAAGGAUCUUCAACAUUUUCCAAUGAGAAUUGGUUUUUAAACAAUAGAGUUUCAUCAUGUCCGGAAUCAUUAAUUGUAGGCGAAGAAGAUAAACUGAUGUUCUGAUCAAAUUUAUUUAACUUUUCAUUUCACAUGCUGGGCAAGAAUUAUAAAUGUCUUUUUUGUGCUUCAAACAUUUGUCCUGAUGUGAAAAAAACUGAUUUUCUGUAAUUUUUUAGUUUGAAUUUUUUUAAGAUUCACUGACAAACUGACCUGAGAUCAGUUUAACCCACUUUAUUAAAAGUAUGAUGAACUAUAUAAAAAUUCAAAUGUGAACUUUUUAAAUUAACAUAUGUAAAACUGUUUAAUUGAAAAUAAACUGUAAAUUGGCUGCUGUAGAGUGGAUGAUCCUUCAUGUCUGCUUUGAGAAAUUUUAACAAAGAAACUGAAAUAAAUCAUUAAAGAUUAGAAAUUAUGGAGAAACUAAACAUUUUGUUUGUCUGACCUAACUGUACAGCAGUGGUGUCACUGUAUCCUCCAGGGUGGGUCUACACACUGUGAUAUCACUGUGGGUGAGGUCAGAAACUCUCUAAAGGACAGAAAAGCUCUGCUGUUCAGACUGAUGUCAGGUUACUCUGUAAAAGCUGUCAAAACUAAGCAGUUUAAACCCUGGUUUUUAACUGUAAAGUUUAAUCUCUAAAGUUAAAACGUUUAAAAAUGUAAAUUUAAACUUAACACUGAUGUUUAAACAGUGAAGUUUAACAGGUGACGAGUGUGUAAAUAUAAACUGUAGCUGAAAAGGUGUAGCUCUGCCCCUGUAAACCUGCUGAUAUAAACCCCGCCCCUCAGAUUUAACCUGCCCUUAUUAGCUCUGCCCCCUGCUCCCAUGGUCCCGCCCCCUGCUUGUUGAUCAAUGAUCAUAUUAUUGAUUGAUUGUGUGAAAUGUGAAACUUUUUUAUU